GUGGGUGUGCGUGGAGAAGUAAAAUGGCGGACUUGGCAAACGAAGGAGAGAAGCCUGCCAUAGCUCCUCCGGUGUUCGUGUUUCAAAAGGACAAGGCACAGAAGCGAUCUGCUGAUGGGUCCAGUGCAGAGGAUGGGGAAGAUUCAGACAGGGAGGAGGGAGAAUAUUGUCCUCCAGUGAAGAGAGAGAGAACCUCGUCCUUAACACAGUUCCCACCUGCACAUUCAGUUUCCAAGAAUAAUGUGUUUAUGCCGUCAAGUUUCUGUCAGUCUCCAACAGGCAACUCGGACUCAGAGCCAGAGGAAAAGCCCGUUGGAUUUCGCUUGAAACCUCCGACUCUGAUUCACGGUCAAGCGCCAAGUGCAGGCUGUUUUUCAGGUGUACCCAGUCAGAAACCCAAGGAGCAGCAGCGCAGCGUCCUCAGACCUGCGGUUUUGCAGGCUCCACCCACCAAGACCCUCUCUGAGCCCAGCAAGAGCAACUCAAGCUGUGGAACAAACGGAGUGGGCAAGUUUUCAGAGGCAGCUACAGAAGGCCGGUCGAUUUUCCUGAACAAUACAGAGAGCUCAGAGAAAUCACCGAAUAAAAAAGACCAGGAAGGAGGAGAGGAUUACUUGGGAAAGACAGAAGAGAGCACACAAAAGAAGGAUGCUGCGGUUGACCCGGGUUUCGUGUUUGGUCAGAAUAUCAAAGAUAGGGCAAAGUUGGAUGAGAACAGCACAGUCAGUGAAUCUAAAGACGCCACACAGGACUCUCAGUCUGGGAGUACUAAUUACUUCCUGCAGUACAUGGGCACUUCAAGCUCUCUGAAUGCCACGAACAACACAGACAAAGGAGCCAAGUUUGUGUUUGGCCAGAAUAUGUCAGAAAGAGUGCUGAGUCCUCCAAAAGGCGGCGAAUCAACAGCAGAGGGCUGCAAAGACACAGCGUCAGCAUCAGAACCCUCAUCACAGGAGACCACCCCAGAAAAGAGUACAUCUGAAUACUGUGUGUAUCCAGAUCACAGUGUGACGGAAUCUCUAGAGGAAUCGGCGGCAGCGUACACCAAAGCCACGGCCAAGAAGUGCAUUUUGGAGAAAGUGGAGGUCCGCACUGGGGAGGAAGCAGAGAGCAACGUGCUACAGAUGCAGUGCAAGCUAUUUGUGUUUGAUAAGCCAGCUCAGUCAUGGAUCGAGCGAGGUCGAGGGCUGCUGAGACUCAACGACAUGGCCUCUACUGAUGAUGGCACACUACAAUCCAGGCUAGUGAUGCGCACCCAGGGAAGUCUGCGGCUGAUUCUAAACACUAAGCUGUGGGCUCAGAUGCAGGUGGACAAGGCCAGUGAGAAGAGCGUCCGUAUUACUGCCAUGGACACAGAGGACCAGGGAGUGAAGGUCUUCCUCAUAUCGGCCAGCUCGAAGGAUGCAGGGCAGUUGGCAGCAGCACUCCACCACCGCAUCCUGGCCCUGCGGAGCCGCGCUGAGCAAGAGGCAGAGAGCACACCCGAGCCUCCCCACACCGAGAUCACGCAGUCCAACGAAGAUGACAGCGACGAUGACGUCGAGCUUGCUAAAAACAACAGCGGCAGCAACAUCGCCCCUACAGGAAAUACCACCGCCAGCGGCACUUCUGAAACCUCGGCCGAGGCACCGGCAGCUGAGAGCACAUAACACCCUGGCCAGCUGCCUGACUAAAAAAACUGCUCAACAGGGUUUUUUUUUUUUGUGCAGGCAUCUGGGUGGACAGCCUUAACCACCGCAACUCUUUCAGCCCAGCGCUGUGGGUCCUUCAGCUCCAGCCCUGUAGCAGAGCUCCAGCGUCUCUCACUUAAAACUCGUAGUUCAUUUCCCCCCACCCCUCCUUCCUUCCUUCCUUCAUUUAUUGUGAAUCUGGAAUUCAAUAUUUUUUUUGUUUUUGUUUUUAUCAUUUCCGUUUGCUUUUUUUUUUUUUUGGUUUUGUUUUAGUUUUCCAGGACUGCAAACAAACUUAAAAAAGAAAAAAAAAGAAAAA